GAAACGAUCUAUACGACUCAGCAGUUAGCUUCCGCAUCCCAGAUCUCCCAGCUUUUGCUUUGGAAUAUCUCCCAAAUCGUGAUUCAUUAGUGUAUGGAGAUUUAUAUGGAAUCAGUGCUGAAGCUUCAACAAUCUUUAGAGCUACUCUCCGAUAUGAAGGAUUUAGUGAAAUAAUGGCUUGUCUCGGAAAACUUGGUUUUUUCGAUAGUACUGUUCAUCCAAAGUUGGAAGGAGUACAUAGACCAACUUUUGGUGCCUUUCUAAAUGAACUUCUGAACAACAAAAGUGCAUAUUUUUUGGACUCUGGCAAGCUGCAGGUCCCAUUAGAUGAGCAUGAAAUUGUUAAAAGAGUGAUGAUGUUUGGAUGCUGCAGAGAAGCUGCCACAGCAACGAAGACCGCCAAAACUAUCAGGUUUUUGGGACUCCAUGAUUGUGAAGAAAUCCCUAAAGCAUGUUCCAGUGCAUUUGACGUAACUUGUUUACGGAUGCAAGAGCGAUUAAGCUAUUCUAGCCAAGAGCAGGACAUGGUGCUUUUACACCAUGAGAUCCAAGUAGAGUAUCCCGAUGGCAGACCAACGGAGAACCACAAGGCCACUCUUCUGGAAUUCGGUACGACUGAAAAUGGAAAAACAACCACAGCAAUGGCUCGCACGGUUGGUGUUCCAGCAGCCAUUGGAGCUCUGCUUUUGCUCCAGAACAAGAUUCAAACCAAAGGUUUGAUCAGACCAACUGAACCUGAGGUUUAUGUGCCCGCAUUGCAAAUGUUAGAAGCUUGUGGAAUUAUGCUUCUGGAGAAAAUUGAGACUUUAUGAGCUGGUGUCAGUCUUUCAAUAAGAGCAGGCUGUUCAUAAUUUCUUAAAUAGAGAUUGAAGCAGAUUCAAAGGUAGUUGUAAAUGUGCUUGUGUAUAAAUGAUGGAAUUUACUGAUUCUUGAUGUAUGCAAGCCAAAUGCCCUACUUGUAUUCUACCUUUUUAGAUGUUUUCCCCUCUUUAAUUGUAGCACAAUGACUGGAAACAAACUAAAUUGUCUGCAAAUAAUUGAAGACUGCUAAAAAAACGAUUGAAUCUGCAGUCAAUGAGUAAAGUCUUGCUCAAAUGGAACUUAAAUUGGUUGAAUUUAUGUUGGAU